UGCAUUAUUUUGGCGGGUUCCCGCUGCAAGUCACCAAAGCAGGCAGCGCGCUCGCCCGCUCGUCGGUCGUCGCCGUUCACUCUCGCGCGACUCCUCCCUGCCCCCCGGCGGCGCUCCUCCCUUGCUCUCCCCGGCAUGGCGGGAGAUGCGAGCGGCGCCGAGACCUACACGACAGACGAGGCGCUGUCGCGGCUCGGCUUCGGCCGGUUCCAGGCGCUCCUGCUCGGGUUCCUGGGCACCGGCUGGGUCGCGGAGGCCAUGGAGGUCAUGCUGCUGUCCUUCGUGGGGCCGUCCAUGAAGGAGGAGUGGGGUGUCUCCGGCGCGGCAGAGGGCCUCAUCACCAGCGUCGUCUUCGCCGGGAUGCUCCUCGGGGCGUGCGUCGGAGGCCUUGGCUCAGAUAGAUACGGCAGACGGGCUGGUUUUCUAUUCACUGCAAUCGUCAGUGGUGUACCCGGUUUACUGUGCGCAUUCUCACCAAACUAUGCAACAUUGCUGGCUUUGCGCUUCGUCGUUGGCCUUGGCCUGGGUGCCAGCCAUGUGCUCCCUACUUGGUUCCUGGAAUUCGUUCCGGCUGAAAGCAGAGGUUCCUGGAUUGUUGUUUUUACCUGUUUCUGGACCCUUGGAACAAUAUUAGAGGCUCUACUUGCUUGGGCUAUCAUGCCAAUACUUGGAUGGAGAUGGUUACUUGCAUUGUCCUCCACGCCAUGUUUCAUCCUGCUUAUUUUCUCUAGUGUAAUACCUGAAUCACCAAGAUACCUUUGCUCAAGAGGUAAAAUAAAUGAAGCUAUGCUUGUCCUGGAGAGAAUAGCAAGAAUGAAUAACAAGGCUCUCCCUCCUGGCACUGUAACCUCUGAACCAAAAAGGAUUGACGAUAACUAUGAUCCGUCUGUUACAACAGUUCUACUGAUGACAGAAGACAGACUUGACGAUGACACAAGCACCAAAUCCAAUAGCAAAAGUAUAUUUAAAGCUUUUUGGUCACGUGAUCUGAUCAGAUCAACUCUUCUUCUUUGGCUGGUCCAUUUUGCAAGUCAUUUUGCCUAUUAUGGACUAGUAUAUCUAAUCUCUGAACUAAGCAGUGGUAGGAGUCAACCAAAGGAUUCCAGCCUUUACAUAAAUGUGCUGGUGACCAGUUUUGCAGAGUUUCCUGGUCUUCUUUUGGCGGCUCUACUGGUGGACAGGAUUGGUCGGAAAGUGAUGCUGGGAGGCAUGAUUUUGUUGUGCUGUGCCUUUCUUGCACCUCUUGCUACACAGUUGAGAGAAGAUUUAUCAAUCAUCCUUCUCUUCUGUGCUCGCAGUUGUGUUAUGGGGUGUUUUGCUGUUCUACAUGUUUAUUCCUCUGAGAUCUACCCUACAUCUUGUCGCAACACUGGAGUUGGGUUCGCUAGUUUCAUUGGCCGAAUUGGAAGCAUUGUUGCUCCUCUCACGACAACUGCAUUGCUAGAGAACCACCAUCAGAAAGAAGUUGUGCUUGUGAUGGAUCUGGCACUCUUUCUUGCCGGAGUGGCCUGUACCCUCUUUCCUCUUGAGACCAAGGGCCGUGAAAUUCAUUGAUAUUUCAGGCUUAAAGUAAUGUAUAUAUCAUCCCAUUGGCAGCAUUGUUACAUUUCUUACACUAUCAACUUUGUCAGGCUUGGCUUCAAAAAAACUUUGUCAGGAUUGUAUAGCCCCUGCUCUGGAGACGGACCUGCUGCCUGCAUAUGUAAUUGUGAAUGAAAAUAGCCAAAUCAAAGUUCCAGAUUCGUGUUGGAAUAUGAAGCUGUACUUCCAUAUGUAGGCUAGUUAUAUCUGAACAGAUUGCUGUAGCUGUAUAAAAUUUUGUACAGUUUAUAUUAAUUCUAUUUUAUAAUCGUCAGAAUUUAUGUUUUCUA